AUUGCUUUAUAGUCUAUAACUACACCACCUUCUGUCCCCUAUGUUCUCACAGGUUUCACCUUCAAAGAUUUUUCAUAGUACCAGAAAAAGAGAUUCAAGAGGUCCAAAUGGGAAAAUUGCGACGAGGGGUUCUGAUUUUCUGUAUGCUUGUAUCUCUGAUUGCAUCAACCUCUGCUCAGAAAUGUGCCAAGUAUAGUUUUGCAGGCAAUAGACUAUUUGAAUCCUGCAAUGAUCUUCCUUACCUGGAGGCCUUUCUUCACUGGACCUAUGACCCUUCUUCGGGUUUUUUCCAGAUUGCUUACCGACAGACAAAGAUAAUGUCUACCCGUUGGGCUGCGUGGGGGAUCAAUCCAGAUGGUUCAGGCAUGAUUGGAGCCCAGGCUCUUGUUGCUUAUCAGAAAUCUGAUGGAAGCAUGAGGGUUUACACGUCCUCUGUAACGGACUACAAGACUUCAUUGCAGGAGGGGGAUCUUAAAUUUCCAGUCUCAGAUUUAUCAGCCACUUUUGACAAUAAUGAGAUCAUCAUUUUUGCUACGUUAAAGAUUCAAAAUACUAGCACUUUGAACCAGGUUUGGCAGAGUGGCCCUGUUGCAAGUGAUAACCCUGGGAUGCAUGCCACUACAGGAGAAAACAUUCGAUCUUCGGGGAGUCUGAAUUUACUUUCUGGUCAGCCUGGAGCUACCAGGGGAGGAGGGAGUUCUAAGACCAAGCAACAGAAUAUUCACGGGGUGCUGAAUACUAUCAGUUGGGGUAUUAUGAUGCCUGUUGGUGCUCUGAUAGCAAGAUAUGUAAAGGUAUUCGAAGUAGCAGACCCUGGAUGGUUUUACCUUCAUGUUUCUUGCCAGACCACAGCCUACAUAAUUGGUCUGGUUGGUUGGGGAACUGGUCUCAGACUUGGUAGCGAGUCCCCUGGGAUUCAGUACUCCUCUCAUAGAUACAUUGGCAUUACUCUCUUCGUUUUCGGGACACUCCAGGUAUUAGCUUUGCUCGUAAGGCCACAGAAAGAUCACAAAUACAGGUUGUACUGGAAUAUCUACCACCACACAACAGGGUACAUGGUCAUUCUCUUGAGCAUCAUCAACAUAUUCAAAGGAUUCGACAUCCUGAAUCCAGACAAGAAAUGGCAAAGAGGAUAUAUUACAAUCAUAGUCAUUUUGUCGAUCAGUGCUGCAAUUUUGGAGGUGCUCACCUGGCGUGUCGUAUUGAAAAGGAAAAACGAGACCAGUGUUGAAAAGACCCCGAAUGGCAUGGCUCGGUACAAUGCUUAUGGUGGAAGGCCAAACCCUAGGGUGUAGUUCAGAUACGAUGAAAUUAUUAGGUUGUUCUGUUUGUCACAAUGCAAUGUUGUAUUGCACCUCUCUGUAUUUCUGAGCUAUAGGUAAUAUCUUGGUGGUGAGUAUAGCAAAUAUGUGUCACUAUAGACAGAUAGUCAUAUUUAAGUUUUUGUAGCAUACAUAUUGUAUGUAUUUCCCUUUUAAGUUUCUACUUUUGUUUUCAUGCUAUAUAUAUUUUCUUGGUGGUUUCUGGCAACUGCUGAAGAACCAACUAGAAACAUGCAGAGGUAUUCAUAUCA